AGGAAGGAGGGGAAAAAAAAAACACGAUGAGUUGAGCGGGAGGGUUUCUUUUUCACCACAUAACUGACUGCCUUCCAAUUAAAGAAGAGAGCUUAUGUUAUUGAAAAGCUGAUUAGCCAAUUGGGAGGCAGCACAGGGUAAAGAUAGCACGAAAAAAGCAAGUGGGAGAGUGGGCAAGAGGACGAAAAAAAGAAAAAAAAAACUGCAGUGUGUGUAGUUUUGAUCCCUCCCCCCUGAGCAAAUCUUUACCAAAUUGUGGUACUUCAGUCUUGGGGAGCAUUUCAAUGGUUGUGAGGGUUUAUGUGGUGGAGUUCUCAGAGUAAAGUGUCUCGUAGUCCGCAGAGAAAGGGAACAGCUCAUUGUCAGGGGAAGCAUCCUGCACAGAAGGACUUUGGAGUGAAAACACUCUCAUUCUGAUAACUUCCAGCUCAGACUACAGAUUUUGGCUGGAGUGAGCGUGCAGCCUUAGUGAUGAAGUUUAACUUGUUCAAGCAACAAACAACGCCCAUGGUCGCAGCAAAACCAACGGGGGCCAGUGACUUGAGUGUUACUCCAGCCCCCGUAGCGUUAGUCUCCGCUGAGAACUCCACGGAGCCAGUCAACAAGAACGAUGCCUUUGAUGAGAUCAAAAACAAGUUCCUGAAUGAAAUUGACAAGAUUCCACUGCCAUCCUGGGCCAUCAUUGCCAUUGCCGUGGUCGCUGCUUUACUGAUUCUAACAUGUUGCUUCUGCAUCAUCAAGAAAUGCUGUUGCAAGAAGAAGAAGAACAAGAAGGGCAAGAAGGGGAAGGGUGACAUGGGGAUGAAGAACUUGAAAGGAGGAGAGAAACCCCAGGAUGAUGAUGAUGAGGAAGAUGAUGUGGAGCCAGGCCUAACUGGAGAUGAGAAAGAGGAAGAGGUGAAGGAGAAGGAAAAGCUUGGGAAGCUGCAGUACUCCAUUGAUUAUGAUUUCCAGGAAAACAAGCUUACAGUAGGCAUUCUGCAAGCAGCUGAUCUCAUCUCCAUGGACAGUGGGGGCACUUCAGACCCCUACGUUAGAGUCUUUGUCCUGCCUGAUAAGAAGAAAAAGUUUGACACAAAAGUACAUAAGAAAACACUCAACCCUGUCUUCAAUGAGACAUUCACUUUUAAGAUACCAUUCACCGAAAUGGGAGGGAAGACUCUGGUGAUGGCCGUCUAUGACUUUGACCGCUUCUCAAAACAUGACAUCAUUGGAGAAAUCAAGAUACCCAUGAACACGCUGGACCUUGCAAAACCAAUCGAAGAAUGGAGAGACCUUGACAGUGCUGAUCAAGAAGAGCCAGAAAAGCUUGGUGAUAUUUGCAUUUCUUUACGUUACGUCCCGACUGCUGGCAAACUCACCAUUUGUAUCCUGGAGGCUAAGAACCUAAAGAAAAUGGAUGUGGGAGGACUAUCAGAUCCUUAUGUAAAAAUUAAUCUCCUGCAAAAUGGAAAGAGGCUGAAGAAGAAGAAGACGACAGUGAAGAAGAAUACUUUGAAUCCUUACUACAAUGAGUCCUUCAGCUUUGAGAUUCCUCUUGAGCAAAUGCAGAAAAUCCAAGCUGUCAUCACAGUGUUGGAUUAUGACAAGAUUGGCAAGAACGACGCCAUUGGGAAGAUCUGGGUGGGAAGCAAGUCUACAGGAGCUGGGCUGAAACACUGGUCAGAUAUGCUGGCCAAUCCCCGCCGCCCGAUUGCACAGUGGCAUCCGUUGCAGCCAGAGGAAGAGGUGGAUGCCUCCCUAGCAGCGCUCAAUGCCAAGAAGUAAAAUUAAAAAACUCCCACCGCCUGCCCCCACACUUCCUACCUGUGCAUUUCCCAUCGUUUCACUUGUCCCACAUUUCAAUGUAUAUUCCAGAAGAAUACCCAAUCUGCUCCCUCCAGUACAUUUCUAUCCCAUAGCCAUCAAUUUAAAAGAUCCAUAGAAACUAUUUGACAUGAUGGGAAAUGUAGUUAAAAAGUCAUAUUCUAUUAAAUCAUGUCACUAAGAAAAGAAGACAAGUUGCAGGAUGGACAGAUACUCAGUUAUGUUUGCUUUAGAUCUAUUUUUAUAUUGGAGUCGUGGUUCCAUUAUUAAGCUUACAACCUAGACUACAAUAGGAGUUAUAUGGGAUUCUGGUGAUUUAGAGGGAUAACGCAUACAUUUACUCAUAUUAUACUUCUCACCCGUUUUCCCUUUAGUGACACAGUUUGCGUAGAAUAGUGCUUAACAAUAAAAAUGCUUUAUACUGCCAUAUGAUAGAGAAGCAACACAAGCAGGUCCAUUCCGUAGGUGUUUGGUGCACCAUUUCCCACACCUGCCAGUUAUCAUCCUAGAUGAUUCUGUUAGUUGGAAGUACAUUCCUAGAGUUGGGUAGCAAGUAGGAAUUAGGUCCAGUUACCCACAAACACUGCCUUUUUGGAUUAAUUACCCUUCCGCUCAUCGUCUCAGGAGAACUGAGAGGGAAACUCCAUGCCUUUUUUUUCUAAACGGGUUCUUAUUACUAUCAGUUAAAACGCGUGUUGAGAAAAAUAAUGUUACAUUAGAGUUCUGGUUACCUUAGGCUUAUGACUGAUGUUAGAUCAACCACAAAUUACUGAGUUAUAUGGAGGGUAUGACAGAUAAUUUGCAAACAAUACGUGUGCUUGUGUAUUUUAAAUAGUAUUAAAAAAGCACCAUCUAUCAUCUGUACUACAAAAAAAGCUUGGAAAUACCAGAGCGGCUACAAAAAUAGAGACUGAUCCUAACCACCACUGACAUUAUAUUUACAAGGUGUCGAUUACUGCCUACAGCCUUCGAUGUCCCCCUCCCGACGCCUUCAAUUCUGUUUCUCACUUGUUCAGUGUUACUGCCAUUAGUCAUGGACUUGACACAAGGAUUUUUACUUCAAAGGAAUCCCUAUAACCGUCUUACAGUCAUAAAGGAGACAAGCCUUCCAAGUAACAAAAUAAGCAAUUUUCAACUACCAGGGACGCCUUCCAGUUAGAGGUGUUGUUCUCUUCCUUUCCCUUCUUAUUCUACUUUUCUUCUACUUAAUAAUUUGGUUUAACUUCAAACACAUUUAUUCCUUAUGCACUUUAAUUCCUAAUGUUUUGUGUACAUAUGCUCAGAGGUCAGAGUUUUAAAAUUUUAAGGAGAUUAAUUUUGUUGCUUUUGCUUCUGCUUACUUUGGCCUCAACUUAUAUGUGUGUGUUUAAAUUAUUUUGAUUAUAAAUAUUUCACUUGAUUGCAAAAAGUCUGGUCUGGAAAAAAAUCACACUGAUCCAAGUGUAUUUUAUGCACAGCUUAUCAGACUGUUGAUUAUGAAUUGCACUAGUGGGUCUUGUUUUGUUUUGUAGUUCCUGACACUAUUCUUGGAUGUGUGUUUUUCCUUUUCCUGAAUGAUAUAAUGUGAUGAAAUGUAUCGUUUCUGAGGCAGACACAGACAGGUCUUGUCUUAUAAAUGUGUGGGAAAAGAAACACAUUUGAGUUCAGUGCUGCUUUGUGGUCUCUUCAGAGUAAAACAGUGCAGUAUAGAGAGCCAAAGUCUGUGCCACAUAACCUUAACUGACGUUGUGACCAAUUUUACCCCUUUUACUAAUUAAUUAUGAUAACCUCUCUUAAAAAGUGCUUUCAGUUUCACAUCUACUCUGGUGGACAACUGUGUUUAGAGCCUGAAAAAUCAGUGUGACUCUUUGUUAAUACAGCUAAAGAACACAAAACCAAGUCUCCCACUCUGAAAUUGGUUUUCUUUGAGCUUCCAGAGAUUUUCCUUUCCAUAUCUUUGAUCGCAAAUCCUCAUAUUCCUCAUCUAUACAUAGUGUAGCCCAAAAAGUCUUUCUCUAAGAGACGUUCUUAGGCCCUGUCACAAGCAAACUCAUAAAACUUAGCUCCACCAGCAUCAGCCUUACAAAAUAAAGACACUACCUGUAACUCAGACAACAACACAAAUGUGUGAAACAAAUACUUCAUUGGUUACCAAAAAAAAACAAACUAUAGGCUACAGUAUGAUAACAAAAAUGCAUUUUUUUCCUGCAGAAACAGUAACUCCUCUUGAAGUAUUUUCAAGUACAGUAUUGUAUCAAUACAAGCAGAAAUGCCAGUGAUGCAUGAUUUCUACUUAAAUGGAAACAUGAUUAUUUACAGUUUUCUACCAAUACAAAAUCAAUACUCAAAGUGUAACAGUCCUUUGUUGUUAAUUGAUGCUACCAAUAUUUCUAUCUGUAAGUGUUUCACACAAAAUAAAUACUUACAAGAUAUUAGCUAGGUGUUCUGCAUUUUGUUUUUUGUCAAGUUUUUGGCCAGUAGCAGAAUACAGAGAGGCACACUAAAAGUGGUUUAUUUGGAAGUGUACCAUCAACAAUAUUUAGCUUCUUAAUAGAGGUCAACUGUAGUGGCCACUAUGCAUGAAGGGGUUAAAUAAUGAUUACGCUAUGAGUAGCCCUUAUGCACAUGGCAGCAGCAUGUUAUUCACAUUCACUAAAAUAUUUUAUUGUUUUUAAAUACAAAUUGGAUUUCAUUUAUGGAACCAUUUAAUUACUAACAACUCUGACUUAUGAGAAACUGUGCUCUUUAGAGAUACCCUGAAAAUAUAUUUUAUUAACAAAUACAUAACAUUUUCUUUUACAUUAAUAACUUUCUUUCCAGUGUUAGUAGUUGUAAAUGUCAAUGAGAUCCUUUGGCUCUUUAUAUUUGUACACUGUGAUUCUGAGACAAAUGUUUGAGGGCAAACUCCGGUCUGUAAUAGUUACCACACCAUUGGAACUCAUCACCUCUCAAUAAACUUCCUAGUCAGUUCAAGGUCUAAUAGGUUUUGUAAGCAUUAUGCUUUCUCACAAGAAAACUACCAGUUAGCUUUGUGCAAUUUUUAGCAAAUGCUGUUACUUUUUUUAUCAUUGCAUUUGUUGGUGAAACUUUUUUUAUUUAGUUAGUUUUUCUAUGUCCUUUUUUCUAACAAUCAAGACCAAAUUUCUGUUUGCACAAUUCUUUCUUUUUGAAGCAACACUAAAGAAAAAGGCGACAUGGAAGCAAUCAAGCAACUCAUUAAUGUGUAGUUUUGCCUAUAUAAAUAGUUCAUACAAGUUGAUACUGCAUGUUUAUAAGAACUACUGUACAUAAGAGCAUGUUUUAGAGACGAAGCAAAAAUAUCUUGUGUACGUUAAAUGGGUGUCAUUUGCCAUUUUAAUAACACAGCAAACUGAAAAAAAGAUGCACUGUAUAUUUUCUACACAGAGCAAAGUGUGUAUUUAUUUUCCAUGAGGGUCACUGGAGAGAAUGUUAGAGUACUAUUACAAAUAGGAAUCUUUCCACGCCUGAAAACUCUUAAGCAAGUGUGUCGUCCAGUGCUGUGUGUGAGUUCAUGUAGGAAGAAAAAUGUAGCCGCAUGCUUGCUGUAUAAUUCCCUGUGCUCAGAGGUUUUUGUUUGGCACUUCUUAUUUGGCAUUCAUUUUGUUAUAGUACCUUUAAAAAUAUUAGCGUUUGUUUAUAAAAUUAUACUGCCGUUUCUAUUUUUUAUUUAAGAAAAUGUGUUAUAUUUAUGUUUACUUUGAAGAGGGGGAUUUCCAAGUCUGCAGGAGGAUUUCUUUUUUUUUUAUGGAUGCAGAUUAACUUGAUGUUUUUUUCUGAAAUAGCUCAUUAGAAUAAAUAAAUAAAUAAAUUGAUUCUAUGAGUUAUUUAUGCCAGCACUAGCCAAGACUAAAGUCUUAUAGACCAUAGGUUGCAUUUCAAGGGCCAAACUGUGAAGAAGCCCUUUCAACUGAACACAAAGGACUUGGAGUCCUCUUUUUUUUCCUAAUUUAUUGUUGCUAUAAUUUUUAAUCAGAAAAUUAUUUUUCUCUUUCUGUUUGACUGACCUGAUACACGUUACAGAUUGUGUCUGUUUUACUCUGUUACUAUACAAUAGGUGUACUUGUAAACAAAGUAAAUUAAUAAGAUAAAAACUAAAGCCAUAAAACUCAAGCACUAACUCUUUAGAGCUUAGCUGAACAGCUAAAGUUUAUUUAUAAGGGAAGGAAAAUCUGACAUCUUUAUUUUUCCAUGAAUAAUGUUCAUUCUUACGUUCCUUUCCUGAAAUCUUUGUUCAUCAAGAAGGGGAAAACCAUUUUACUGUAUGUGUGAGCGUGGAGAACAGCUGCAAGUUUUGGAGAGCGAUUGUGUCUUUUUUUCUUAUUUCAGAACAGCUGAUGUAAUAAUUUCUUUGAUGAUUUCACAGGAUUGUGUUUAGUAAUAUUUUAUUAGUAUAAAUAAAUAAAAAAAGGUUUAAUACCUUAGGUUCUCAGUAGUAAUACUAAAACUAUGUCUAUGAGAGUAUGUUCAGAGCAACCUGGGUCAUGGAUCCACUUUCGUUUCUCCCACUUUGGAAGAAUGUACUUAUACAAUCAAAUAAUAAAAAAAAAAAAAAAAAAAAAAAAAACACACUGUAUUGUUCUUUUGGGGCGUGUUGCAGCAGUUUUUGUUCCUAACAACUGCCUGGCAAGAAUGAAUAAAUUAAAAUUAGAAACCUGAACCUGUGCAACCUAGGAUUUGUGGUUGAAUCCCUCCCAAAGAACUAUGCAUAUGUUAUUUUUCACAAAUUUAUGUCCACAGUAAUAAAGCUUGCUUUCUUGCCCUGAGUUGUAUACAAAACGCUCUCACUUAAAUACAAAAUUAGGAUUAAUCAGCUUUCUCUGAAGGCACAUCCAUAUGCUGAUGUUGCCCAAUCAAACAAACUUCUUUUACAUUAAAACUGAAACUGAAUCUGGAUCUCCUAGACUACGAGUCUGCAACCUGUGACUCCAGAGCCACUUUUUGGCUCUUUGGCCCCUUCACAGAGGCUCUUCAUAACUCCAACAAAAAUUCUAUAGAAAAGGGAAGCACGUUUAAUUAUGCAAAUGUAAAGGCAGGUUUUAGUGGCUCGUUUACAUGUUUUAAUGAAAUAGCUGCAUCAAAGUUCUAGAAUGGAAAGAUGCUAAUAGUAUAUUUUUUUUAAAUUUCUUUCAAGAUUUUUUUAAGUGUGCUAUCUUUAUCUAUUUAUUUAUUUAGUUAUAUGAAACAGAUUUUUUGAAAUUUCUCUUAAAAUAUUGUUUUCCUUGUUGAAAAAUCUAAAUAAAAAAAGAAUUGUUUUUGCUUGCUUAUAUUUACAAUAACACUUAAUUUUAUUUAGAAAACCUAAUAUAUAUAUAUAUAUAUAUAUAUAUAUAUAUAUAUAUAUACAUAUAUAUAUAUAUAUAUAAAUUUCCAAGAAUCAAGAGGGUUUCUACAGCUCUUGGCAAAUUAAAUUUUUUAGAAACAAGGGCAAAAGUGGCUCUUUGGAUUUAAAAUGUUGCUGUUCCCUGUCCUAGGCAAACUAACCAGCAUCCAUAGAAGUUUAAAAUGCCAGCAUAUGUGACGUUACAAUGUUUUAGGUUAUAACAAUAAAACUGGAACAUUUUACCCAGAAUGUGUGAAAACUCUUGACAAGAAAGCAAACAAGCCCAUAUUUUCUAAAGAGUUGAAGUAUUUAAGUGUGAUCUAAGCUGCUAAGUUUUCCUUAAUUAAUCUGCCACAUCUGUUAUGACAAGAGUCUUAAUGUGUUACAUAAAACUGAUGCUUCACAUUGUCUUAAUGCAAUACAGUGAUAAUCAGUGUCCCAUCAAUGUUACUGACUGUGACCAAAUGAUGCACUGAGAGCAGGUUAUAUGUGAGAUUUUAGUGAAUUUUAGAAAUACUGCCACCACCUGAUUACAGCUGCCAGCAUUUAUCUCAACAGUUUAAGUCUGCACAGCCAAGAUAACAGGGAAAAUAAUGCAGAAAAGCACCAAAUAUAUAUAAAAAAAUCAUCACAGGAACAUUAAUUUCCUUUUAAAGUUUGGGUCACCACAGUCACAAGAUCAUCAAAUGAUAUGGGGGACUGAGACUGGUGAGCCAUGGUUGUGCUCUUGUGUAUGUGAAAAAUAUAAAUAAUAUCCGAGGCAUUGCCUAAAGAGUGUUGGAAUAUAUAGCUUUCAUUAACUGUCUGUGCGCAUAUUGUUAUGUUUUUUUAUGUAUGAGUAAAACAGUACAAAUAACAGUCUUAUGGUUUAAAAAAGGCUAGUGAUCUGUUUCCCUGAUUGCUGUGUACAUGUAUAUUAACUUAUGCACAAAUACAUCUGAAGCUGCCCGGCUUCAGCUGUGCAAAGACAGUUUUAGAGCACUUCUCACACAUAUGUGAUUUGUUUUUGUCUUGUUUUGCUUUUGAACAAACACUGGGAUUUAAAAAGGGAAACCGUCCAAAGUUUGCUCCAUUUGAGAAACAAAACUGGAUAUCUAGACAAAGGCAUCGCUUUGAAACAUGCUGGUUCUCCGUUAGUGGCUGUAUUUCUUCUUUGUCUUUUCGUGCAUAGGUGUAAACAGUUUUGUUGUUUAUUUUUUUUAAUUCUGUGUAUCUCUAAUGCAGAAUGUGUUUUAAGCGAUGGCACAGAUUUGUCUCCAUGCUCUCUUUUCAUUCGCUUUUGUUUGAUGUUUGAAAUAGGAAUCUGACUCUGCUUUUGCAGAGCAUAAAGAUUGCCGGCCUUCAUGUUUACAACAUGGAAAUACUGUAUACUGCCAAACAUGCAGGGCCGUACCAAACUCCCCUCUUGAGCACUCAGUUCUCCGCUUCUCAUCAAAGAUGCAGCUGUAUUCUCGAGACUCCUUUGUUUUCCCAGCCUCACCUUCUUCUCUUCAUUCUCUUUUAAAGCAUUGGAGGACAGUCAGGUUAUGUCCCCUAGCUGUGUUUCUUCGUGUCUAGUGUUGUGGUGCGCGUGUUCAUGUCAGUACUUGUGCCUACUGUGGAUCGCAUGCUUUAGCCUUUGACUGGACACAAACAUUGCUCACAAACUCCUCUUGACCCUUAUGUGGACAUACGUUGGGGUUCCUUCUGAAGUUAUCAAGGGAACCAAAUAACUUAUUACAAAAUUUGUCAUAUGUGUUGCCAGUUCUGUAAAAACAAAUAGGAAAUAAAGGCCUUUUAAUAACCA